AUGGCUUCAUUUGGACCCCCCUCUUCAGGGUCCUCACACUUGGCCACAAAAGUCGAGCUCACCAUUUCCUGUGAGAACCUGAUGGACAUGGACAUCUUCUCCAAAUCUGACCCUCUAUGUGCCUUAUACAUCAACACUACAGACUACAACUGGUAUGAGUUUGGUCGCACUGAAAUGAUUCUCAACUGCCUGAAUCCAAAGUUUGCCAAGAAGUUUGUCCUGGAUUAUUACUUUGAAACGGUGCAGCGGCUCAAGUUUUGCGUUUACGACAUCGACAACAACACACACGACCUCAGCGACGAUGACUUUCUGGGAGAACUGGAGCUCACACUGGGUCAAAUCGUGUCCAGUAAGCAGCUAACCAGACCGCUGCUUCUCCCAGACCGCAGGCCCGCGGGUCACGGCAGCAUCACAAUUUGUGCAGAGGAGAUCACAGACACGAGGAUCGCAAAUUUUGAAGUGUCGGCGCGACGUUUAGACAAAAAGUAUUUGUGGUGGUCGGAUCCGUUCCUGGAGUUUUUCAAGCAGACAGAGACGGGAUGGCAGCUGGCUCACAGGACAGAGGUGGUGAAAAACAAUGUAAAUCCAACAUGGCGCCCGUUCAGGAUCUCUCUGCGUGCGCUGUGUGGAGGAGACGCAGAGAAGACCAUCCGGGUGGAUUGUUUCGACCAUCACAUCAGCGGCUCUCACUCGCUCAUUGGGAGUUUCAAAACAACACUGGCUCAACUGCAGGAAGCCUCACAUUCCUCACCCGUUGAAUUUGAAUGCAUCAAUCCCAAAAAACAGAAUAAGAAGGACUAUAAAAACUCUGGAGUUAUUUGUGUGAAACGCUGUCAGGUGGAGAGAGAGUUCACAUUCCUUGAUUACAUAAUGGGCGGAUGUCAAUUAAACUUCACUAUCGCCAUAGACUUCACCGGCUCGAACGGAGACCCCAGGACGCCCCAGUCUCUGCACUACAUCAACCCUGAAGGAUACAACGAGUACCUGGCUGCGAUUUGGGCCGUGGGAAACGUCGUCCAGGACUACGACAGUACAAAGAUGUUCCCAGUGUUUGGAUUUGGAGCCCAGGUGCCUCCGUUAGGGCAGGUUUCUCAUGAGUUCCCAAUCAAUUUUGAUGCAGCGAAUCCCUUCUGUGCAGGCAUUGAGGGAGUGGUGACGGCCUACCAGCAGUGCCUACCGCAGCUCAAGCUCUGGGGGCCCACCAACUUCUCUCCAGUCAUAAACCACGUGGCCUGUUUCGCCCGGCAAGCGCUGCAGCAACACACAGCAUCACAAUACUUUGUGCUGCUGAUCAUCACAGACGGCGUGAUCACGGACAUGGACCAGACGCGCAGUGCCAUCGUCAACGCCUCCCGUCUGCCCAUGUCCAUCAUCAUCGUGGGAGUGGGCGGAGAAGACUUCAGCGCCAUGGAGUUUCUGGACAGCGACGACUCACUGCUGCGUGCGCCCAACAACGAGAUCGCAGCUCGAGACAUCGUUCAGUUUGUGCCGUUCAGACAGUUUCAGGGAAACCGCGUGGCUUUGGCUCAGAGCGUCUUGGCGGAGCUUCCAGAUCAAGUAACGUCUUUUUUCAACUCUUACAAACUCAAACCUCCGAACACGUCCAAUGCACCUGAGUUGUUAUAA